AUGAAGUUAAUGCCACGUUUGCUCUGUCAACCUUUUUGGCCACAACAUGUCCUAGGAAUAAAAAAGGUAACACUCUGGGAUUCUAUAAGAUCGAAAUAUCCCAAUAUCAAUGAGAUAAGCUUUCGCAAUAAACUUAAGACAUUGCACUUGGGUACGGAUUCAAACUUUUUGAAAAGGGAAUAUGAAAUGCAAAUAAAUUGUGAAAAUAAAUUAAACGAGAUAAUGAAGAAAAUGGGGAGUAAAUUUCGUAUAAUAAAGAGUACAGAAGACGGUAAAGACGACGUUGAAUGGGCUGAUCUAGUGAUUUCGAUCGGCGGAGACGAAGCUUUCCUAUUAGCAUCCCAAAUGAUAAAAAAUAAUAAGAAAGCCAUAAUAAAUAUAAAUCCUAAAUAUCAUGCCAAUGAGCAUAUCUUUUCGAUGGAUCAUUGUAACGAUAUAGAAAAUAUAUUUAAAAAGUUGCAAAAAGGGAGAUAUAAUUUGUUGAUGAGAAAUCGAAUAAGGACCAUCAUGUACGGGAAGGAUAUUCAUCGUGAACUUUAUCAAGCAGACGAGAAGAUUCAAUCGAUGAAGGACAUAAUGAAGGAUAAAGACUGCGAGAAGGAUCCCAAGACCAAUAUGAAAAGUACCGAAAGAAAAAUAAUAAAUGUUCAGAAACCUCGUCGAAGAGUGUUGCCGUGGCUGGCAUUAAACGAGGUAUACAUGGGAGAAUAUUUAUCAACGGGCUCGAUCACUUUCACCAUUCAAGUCGAUGAUCAAGAUGUCUACAAAAUUCAAUGUUCCGGAAUCUGCGUAUGCACUGGUUCAGGAUCAAAUAAUUGGUAUCGUUCGAUGAAUCUUCAAGUACCGGAGACUGUUAAAAGAUUAACUAAAAUAGCUAUGGGAAAAGAGAUCGAUGAAAAUGAGGCUUUAGAAAUAAUAGAAUCUUAUCAUCGUAGUCUUUUAUUUAAUCCAGAAGACAAAAGAAUGUCUUACAUGAUUCGAGAAUUGUAUAGAGCAAAGAAAUGGCCGAUACCGAAAUCUUCCCCCGAAAGAGGAAUGUGUCGAAAAAUCAAGGUCAUGUCCCAUGGUUUCGACGCUGGUUUAGUUAUCGAUAGGGGCAUUACUCUACCAUUCAACGACGGUACUACUGCUAUAUUCGAAAUCCAUCCUGAAGACGCUCUUAAAAAUUUUGUUCUUCAAUAA